ACCACACCUGAAAGAGAAGAAUCAGUGCUGUGCAACAACUGUAGGUAAUUUAUAAAAGGGGGAACCCGAGAAAAUGCGGCAUCAUUCAUUCCCAAAAGCUUCGUUUUAGAAUUUCAACGUUAGGCUUUUUCGAAAGAAUGAUUACCGCUAAGCAUUUUCAAAGAAUUCUUGAGGAAUUGACAAUCUCUGACAAUGAAAGGCCCGUAUAUACCAAAGAAGCCGAGGAAAUUCAAAACUAUGUAGUUGACGAACUUAAACGGGUAACAUGACGGUAAGUAAUUUAAUUGUUAAUAUCUACAUAUACAGAGGUUAGUUGACAAUUGAAAAAAAGCACGUUGCGUAAAUACUUUUGACCACCUCAACGCAUCCAUCGUGUUGUACUUCAAGACUGGCUACACAAUGCAUUCCGCAAGGUAUUCGAGUCUAAUCAGACAGUUGCCACUACCACUAAACGAGUCUACAUAUUAAGCUAUACUCUUGAGGGGUAUGGUUGUGCCCAUACCAUUUGAGUCUGUGGUAGCCGCUCGAUAUCUUUUGAUUUGGUACCAGCUUUCGAAUUUUCUGGAAGCCAAUGGCCGUUUGAUAUUUGUCCGGUUCCUGCUGAAGUUAGAAAUAAUUGACCUUGGUUCGCCAUUCCUCAAAAGAAGAAGAGGUUGAGAACCACAUUUAUGGUUUGUGCCCCACAUUGGGAGCGCGAAAUGAUGAAGGGCAAGGAUAAUAUGAAGAACGUUCUACGGCUGAUGAAAGGAUUGCGGGACGCCCACGCCAGGAACUUGCCUCACUUGUCCGGUUAUAUGCUGAAAACAGUUUUGCUUCAUCACCUCGAAAGUGCUGACUGGAAAAGAGACUUGGGCACCCUUUUGGUUGAGAUGUGGAGUCAUUUGGUGAAUCAUCUGCGCGCACGUCGCCUGGAGUUCUUUUUGGCUAAAGCUCAUAAUAUAUUCAAUCGUAUGAGUCCACAUGAAAUCACGAAAUGUUUAGAAAACGCAAACACUCUGUUUAAAGAACUUCGUUUUGCUCAAACAUGCGGCAGCAGUUACCAUCAUGUGGCCGAACUAUUCAAUAUUCCAAAUUAAUUAGAAUUUAAUUUCAGAACAAUACCGAGCCUUCUUCAUGCCAUUUGCAGAUAAGAAAAAGCGUACAUGCUUACAUUUGGCUCAUUCACAAGGGCGCAGAACAAAUAAUCGAUUAUAUCCGGGGCUGAAUAAGCAAAUAUCUAGCUGAAUAGCAGAACUUUUGUGUAAGAAAGAAGAAGUUCAAUCAAAAGUCAUUUCGCGCGCACAUUUCAUUGUUUAUAUUGUCUCUGAACUUUGUUUAAAAAUAAAGCUAUGAAAAUAAUUGAUUUA